AUGGAUACCAUAAAAACGCAAUAUCAAGACGAGGAUGACAAGGAUAAUCACUACGAAGACUUUAUAGCAAAUCUAUUAAGGAUAAAUUACUUGAACUCAAUUCAAGGCUCAGGUGUGUACGAUAUAAGCAAGUUUACUGAUCACAUCGCAGAAGAUAACAAAUUUUUGAUCGGAUAUCUUAAAAACGAUGAAAAAUACCAGGCAUCGAAAACAUCAUAA